CACCCACAUUACACAUAACAAGCUAAUGUAACUAAUACGUUAUAUAUACACACUUCAAUCACAAUAUUAAUCAACAUAAUAUCGAUCAUCGAUACUAAUUGAAACGUUAUAAGGUCCGUCCGGUUUACACAUGGAUAGAGUGAAUAGAAUGGUGUCCGAGAGGCCAGUGGUGAUAUUCAGCAAGAGUUCUUGCAUAUUGUCGCACACAAUAAAGUCUCUGUUCAAUGAUUUUGGUGUGAAUCCUACGGUGUAUGAGCUGGAUGAGAUAGCAAGAGGCCAAGACAUAGAGCAGGCAUUGUCUGGACUAGGGUGCGGUACAGUCCCCGUUGUGUUCAUUGGGGGUGAAUUGGUUGGCGGAACUAAUGAGAUUAUGAGUCUUCAACUUAAGAGGGUUUUGAGGCCAAUGCUCAUUAGUGCUGGAGCUUUAUGGGUUUGAUUUCAUAUAUAUAAAAAACGUUGGCAAUAAAGUACUAGCUAGUAUGUAUGUAAUAACGUUAAUUAAUGCACAUUAUAAGUGCAGAUAACUUAUGAAUAAUGAAAAUCAUUUGAUCAAA